AUCCGCCAUUCACCAUGCUAAGUGGAAAAGCUAACGCUAGCUAUCGUUGAGGCGACCGAGCAACAACACGGUCAUUAUAGCAGAAUGCGAAGAACAAGAGCAGGCAGAAGAUUUGCUGUUAUCGCGCGGACGGCAGCUACAGAAUUUUUGUUUCAAGUGAAAAUAUCGCACAUACGCUACGAUGAAAUUCGCUUUAAAGUGUAAAAAACAAACGGCUUUUAGCGCCUGCUAAGAACAGACGUUCCAUCAACGAACUCGGCACAAUCCAAAAAAAAAAAAAAAAACAAAUAGAAGCGAUCUAAGAUAAAAAACGACACGCGUUACGAAGGGUUGUGGAGCAAGGGUAAUCUCUUCCCAAACAAAAAAUCUUAAGAAAUUAUCCUGAAAAUAAUACUUAAAACGUGUUUUUUCCCAAAGAAUACAAAAAAGUGCUGCCUUUGAAUUUAAAAAAAAAAAAUAUAAUUAAAAUAAGGACAAUUGAAUCCUUUCAUGGUGUUAAAAUACUUAAAGCGGUAUUUGUUUUCAAUCCCCCCCUCCAAGUAAAUCUCAACAUAAACUUUAUUCCUUAGCGAGAGAUAGAGAGCCACAAAAGGAAUAUCAUAUCCUAUUGCUUUGCAAGUGUUAGUUUUUGCAUCUGUGUCUUAGUGUGUUUGCAAUAGAAAUUCAUAUUGAAAAAGAGAUAAAGACGUUGCCACAAUGCAUUCAUCGGUUACCAAACAAACGGGCUUCGUUGCCCUCAUGAUUGUUCAAAUCAUCUUCCUGGUCCUCUACUGGCUGUUCGUGCACUAUGGCAAGGAAGCUCUGCCAAUCGAAGACUCUGGAUCAAAUGAACAACACGAUUCAAAAUAUCCUCAUUUCCAGGACAUCCAAGUAAUGAUAUUUGUCGGUUUUGGCUUCCUAAUGACAUUUCUCAGAAAAUACGGUUACAGUGCCACAGGAUAUACGCUGUUCCUUGCCUCCUUGGUCAUACAGUGGGCAGUGCUAAUGAAGGGUUUCUUCAAAAUGGAAGGCGGUAAAAUCGAGUUAUCAUUGGAAAAUAUAAUUGAUGCCGAUAUUGCUGCAGCUGUUCCUUUAAUUAGCAUGGGUGCACUUUUGGGUCGCAUCACACCCAUCCAAUUAUUAUUCAUGGCUUUAUUCGAAAUUGCAUUGUUCGCUGUUAACGAAUAUGUUGCGUUGGAUAUCUUAAGCAUUUGUGAUGUCGGUGGUUCGAUAACCGUUCAUGCCUUUGGUGCUUAUUUCGGUUUGGCUGUGGCCCUAAUGUUGCGUCCCACCAAGGAUCAAAACGAUGCUGGCAAAUAUGAGGGAGCCAAUUAUAUAUCGGACAUAUUUGCCAUGGUUGGCACUUUAUUCCUUUGGAUCUAUUGGCCCAGCUUUAAUUCGGUGUUAGCCGAUGGCACUGGCCAAGAGCGGGCUAUUGUGAACACGUAUUUAUCAUUAGCAGCUGCAACAGUUACAACAUUUGUUUUAUCGGCUCUUGUCAGCCACGAGAACAAAUUGGAUAUGGUGCAUGUACAGAAUUCAACUCUGGCUGGAGGUGUUGCCGUUGGCACUGUCUGUAAUUUGCUGAUUGGAGCUCAUGGGGCCAUUUUAAUUGGUAUCAUUGCUGGUACAGUGUCGGUGAUGGGCUAUCGUUUUAUAACGCCAUUUUUAACAGCAAAAUUACGUUUGCACGACACCUGUGGCGUACAUAAUCUCCAUGGCAUGCCAGCCCUAAUCUCAGCCAUUGCCUCGGCUAUUUAUGCAGCGAUGGUAACCAGAGAACAAUAUAAAUCCGAUUUAGGUACUAUCUUUCCGGCAAUGUUAAAUCAAACGGAAAUCGAAGCCAGCAACACAACUGAACUCAAUGCUCAUAUAAUGGGGGGCUAUGAACGUAGUGCCAGUACCCAGGCAGGUUAUCAACUUUUCGGUAUUGCCAUGACCGUGUUGGUGGCCAUUGUAGGAGGUACCUUAGCAGGUUUAGUGUUGAAAUACACAAACUUCCGCAAACUCCAAAAGGAGGAACACCAUCAGGAUGAACUCUAUUGGGAGGUGCCCGAGGAGCGCAAGGAUGAAUAGUAAAGUGAAGAUAAGCGAGUUAUAUUUACAACAAAAUUACAACAACGAACAACAUUAUACCAGUGCCACAAUAAAGGAUAAUAAACAGAUACAAUUACACUUUGCUACAAAGACACCCAUCCACCCACCCACCUAUUAUUCAUUCACUCAUCGACGACGAAGCAGCAGACACCGUACAACAACUACUCACACACGCACACAGGCCAAUGUAAACAAUUUUUUACUCUUACACAUGAGAGCACAAGGCGAGCUUAUUUACACACAACUGUGGUCUGUAUGAGUGUUCACAUGUUUAUCGAAUAUUUUCUGUUGGUAUUUGUUUUCGAUCAAAUGUUUAAGUUUCACAACAAAAACUCACUUAUACACGUACUCAUACACACGCACACACAGAAACUGAGAACACAAAAUCGAUUUUAUAUUACUUUUGUUCAAUUUAAUUUAAAAUACCGUUCAGUUUUAGAAUUUAUGAAUAAAAAAAAAUGAGUUUUAUUUGCAAAAUAAA